AUGGAAGUUUUAAUAGUAUAUUCAACGCAGUCUGGGACAAGUGAAGAUUUAUCUUUUCGUUUUUCAAGGAAAGUUUCCGCCUGUAAAGUUGUGAAUACAUCACAAAUACAAGAUUUGGAUGAUUUGAAAGGAUUCCCAAUUGUUGUUUUCUUCAUCAGUUCAUAUGGAGAUGGUGAACCAUGUGACGAUGGUAUUCGAUUUAUCCAAAUGCUCAAGGACGAAAAGAAGUUGCAUAUCAAGUAUUCAUUAUUCGGGUGUGGGAAUUCAUUAUAUGAUGAUUAUCAAGGUGCCGCCCAUCAAUUUAAGAAACUAAUGGAUGGGUUAGGUGGGGACUUGGUAGGGGAUGUUGGGUAUUCGGACGAGGCCUUCAAUGGGGUGGUUGAUGAUUUUGAGAGUUGGUCAUUUGAUUAUCUGAAUCUCUUGAGCGAUAUGGGCAUCAAAUUGAAUCGGAGCAACGGAUAUAGAGAGGCGUAUCAGAUAACGGAGGUUUCUGAGAUGCCCAAACAACAGAGUCGGCCACCGUACCAUGAGAUGAACCCAUUCUAUGCGAGGAUAACAAACAUCGUGAGAAACAAAGAUCAGUACAUGCAUUUUGAGGUGGAAUUGGAUAGCGUCCACAGCCGGAUGAAAUAUCAAAGUGGGGACCAUAUUGGGAUCUACCCCGUGAACGACGGGGAGAUAGUUGACGAGCUGAUGGCGAUUUUAGGAAUAGUUGACUGUGGGUCCGUCAGGGUCAUGCCUGUGAACCGCAUGGAGUCGUGCAAAUGGAACCGGGUGUACAGCUCCAUUAGGGAGCUACUAAUGGGGCAUGUGGAGAUCAGUGGAGUACUAUCGAGAAAGUUUGUUAAGGACUUGACGGACUAUUUCAUCACCUCGGAGAGUACCAAGAGAAGGUUACAGGAGCUCAUCAGGAGUAGGGAUGUUUUCCGAAGAGAAGUUGUUGAACGAAAGCUUACAAUCGUUAGAUUUUUCAAAGAGUUUGACCUUUCCAAGAAUGACUACACUAGCAUACCUUUGUCAUUUAUCCUCGAGACAUUUGGACAUAUCAAGCCCCGAUAUUAUUCCAUUACAAGCAGUGAAUGUGUCGAAAAAGACCGGGUCGGAGUCAUGAUAAAACUAGUAAAAGAUAAACCAAACAACUUUGUUGGUCAAUGUUCGCAAACAAUCAUGUUAGCCAAGAGUGACACUGCAUUGGGGGUGUUUAUCCGCCGGAGCAAAUUCAAACUCCCCUACGAUCUAAGCCGUCCGUUGAUUUUCGUGGGCGCAGGCACUGGGGUCGCACCGUUCCGUGGGUUUCUCAUGGAGAUCGUCUCAGCCAAGUACAAGCUGGACCAAAUCACCCGCGUGGUGAUGUACCUUGGGUUCCGCACGGCGUCUGCGUGCCACUACCUCUAUGCGGACGACUUUGCCCGCUACAAAGAGCUGUUGGGAGACCGGCUUAGUAUACGUAUUGCCGAGUCCCAGGUGACUGGGAAGUACGUGCAAGAUCUCCUUGUUGAAGACACCAACCUGGUGAAGAGACUCGUUGAAAAUGGCGGUUGUGUCUAUGUCUGUGGGGAUAAGGCCGGGCUUGCCCUUGGGGUGCGGCGGGCUCUGGGACAGAUUCUUGGCGGGAGUAGCACCCAUUCUCUGGAGUACCUUGCUGCGGUUGGGCGGUUCAAGGAGGACGUUUGGUGA